AAUGUGUUGGUAUACGACUUCGUCACGUUCGUAUUUUUAAGAAUAUACAAUUCUCAUCUAUAUAAAUGAGCAGAAAAUUUACUUCAGACUAUUAUGGUUGCAGAGAGUGUGACAAAGUAAUAUCUAUAAUAAUUAAAGUAAAACUUUCACAGUUAUAAUAUAAGGCAUAGAAAAUAGCAAAGUACACAAUGUUAUAUCCAAGUUAUAUAUGGAUUGGAUUCUUUAUUGUGUAUGGCACAAUCUUGGCAGAGAACGUUGUGCCUCAUGACGGAUUACACCAUUAUAUUUCACGCAUGACCGAUACUUCACGAACUGGAAGGUUUGGCUUUUCGUUUCUAGAUGGGCUACGUCAACAAUUUUGUCAAUCGUUUUGCACAUCUGCAGAUACCAUGCCAUAUAUCAUAAAUCUCUUGUGUGCUGCUAAAUGUCCUGAAUUGUAUUUACCGCACAAUACAACAAUGAAAAGUACAACAAUGAUAAUCACAACACCAUCUGCACCAACGAAUACAACUAUUACUACAUCUAAUCCAGCGUCUCCGUCCGGAGGAAGUGCGGGCCCAACGUCUCCGCCUGAAGGAAGUUCGAGCUCAACGUCUACUAUAUCUACUACAACUAUUACAACUACUACUCCACCUACUACUCCUACCUCUACUACUCCACCUACUACUCCACCUACUACAGUAGUUCCUUGAAAAGGUACAACAUCUACAACACUAGCUUAGUCACCAACAAAAUAGAUGCUAUUCCAGCUCAAAUCUAAUGCAGAAUGCAGCACUACUUAUACCAACAACAGCUACUAUCUAUAACAUAAAAUGUGUAUAACUACUAUUUAAUCAUCCGGACAAAGUCCAAGCGAAUAGAGGCAGAUUCGAAGAUGUCAGUCCGGAUGGAGAUUAAAUGAAAAUUUUAGACCGUGAAAAACAAACUAUCUAUCACACCGCAGACUAAAAAAAUUUGACAAUAGGAAUAUAAUAAAAAAAUUCGAUAACGUGAAUAUAGUAAUAAUAUUAAUAACAAAUAUUAAUACAAGAUUGUUAACGAUAAAUAUGCAAAUAAAUGUAACAAAUUCGAAGUUGAAAAAGUUCACUUUUCUCACAGAAAAGAUAUGAUGCUAAAUUGUUUUACACAAUCUGAUGGUAUAUAUUCAAUUUAUCAUAUUAUAUUAAAAAUGUCUACAAUCUGGAUAAAAUAA